AGCAAGAGAGAGAGAGGGAGGGUGAAGCAGAGCAAGAAAGAGUGCGAGCUGCAGUCUCUACGCAUUCGCCAGUGGACCGUGAUCACUUCACAUCUCUCCUCUGAGCACAUGUACUCUCACUCGCCCUGAGACGGAGAGAGAGGGAGAGACAGACAGACAGACAGACAGACUGAAAGAGACGCUGACAGAAGACAGACUCUGAAGGAGGUCAAAGGUUUCUCGGGGACUGAAGUGGCAUGGCUCAGGGUUCUGACAAUAACGACUCCAGCUACACCAAAUCUCCCUCGCCAGGCAAUAAACAGGGUUCAUCGGAUGACGUGAGGAAGGUGAUGAGGAGAGAAAAGAACCGAAUCGCGGCGCAGAAGAGCCGGAUGAGACAAACUCAGAAAGCCGACAAUCUGCAUUUGGAGAGUGAAAAUUUGGAGAAAGAAAAUGCAGCGCUCAGGAAAGAGGUGAAGAGACUCACAGAGGAGGCCAAAUAUCUGUCCACGGUCCUGAGCAACCACGAGCCGCUGUGCACGGGCUUGAGCGGCGCGUCCACAGAGCUGCUGUACGGCGCGCAUCACGGCGCGUUCCACCAGCACAUCAGCGUGCCGCACUACCCGCUCUGACCGACAGAGGCCGUCAGAGUUCCGCACGGAAUUUGCCGGUGAACGGCAGUCAAUGAACUUUGGUUGAGUCAUAAACGGCGUAAAUAGUCAUUGAAGUGAUCUACAAACGUGACCACUGCGUAAUGACUUAGAGAAACGAAGCAAAAGCCUGCUAAUGUAACGAUUUUGGUGAUAAUUAGAUCAUCGUUUUUUCUAUUAUUAUUUCAUUGGUCAUAAAGCUGCAAUCCGCAACUUUUGCCUUUCUUUAUAGCCAUCUGUGUAUAAAACAAAAAAUUGCAGGUUGCUUAAUGUAGGCCUGCUUAUCUUUAAGUGGGUUGAAGUCAAAUGAUAUGUCAAGCUGACCCAUGAAAUCGGUCUGGACAGCUCAAAUUAUAUAUCGUUUUUAUAUUUUAUUUCAAUGGUCUUUGUCAAUAACCAUUUUUUAAUUAAUUUUAACAAAAAAGUUACAGAUUGCAGCUUUAAACAAUCCCUUCAUGAAACAAAACUAAGAAAAUCUUUAAGUACAAAUAACAUGUCUGUUAAACGCAAACAUGUUUCUAUUUGUAGUGUGCAACGUAGGCUAUAUAUUUGCAAAAGGUGCAUGUCAAUGACACAAUGAAUGUUUAAAAUUUAGAUUUCAUUAGAUGCCAGUCUGCUGAUUCAUAUGGUCCUUUGUUUUAUUCUAUUUCUGUGAAAUGUUUAUGAAAUGACUGGAUUGGAUUCUAAGAAAAUUAUGUUGGUUAUGUAUCCUGUUCACGAAUUUUAUGUGCGAAUGUUUUUCUAUUAGACUCAUUGAAGAUGUUGAAUUGGUCCAACAUUCUGAAUGUACUUUAUACUGCUGUGUUAUAUCUCAAAUGUGGCAGAAGGAAAAAAUUGUAUCUGUGAUCAUCUAAGAUCACAUGUGAAGAACUAAAUUAAAUAUGUACAAUACCCAUUUCUUCAGCGGA